UCAUCAGUCACAUGGGCAAAAUUUAGUAUAGUGGAUACAUCAAUGGCUUCACUUAGGCUAUGGGUCAUUAUUUAUGCGCAACGAUGGCGACUGAACUGACCCGGUUACAGAUCAAGUGAUGAGGUUUGGAAGCAGCAGGAGCUAACUCAGUAUUGGAUUUUCACCCAAACUGGUGCUCACAGAAUUUGAAGACAUCUGGGAUUCCUUGUUCCUUUCUCUUCCACACUUGGGCUUUUGGACUUUGCCAGCCUUAGGGACUCGGAAGCAAAGACAGCGGUAGAAGCCAGACCUGGUGUCAAAUUUUCUGCCAUUGGGGACAUCUACAAAACUGAUUCCCAAGAGGAAGUUGAAUCUGUGAGGUGUGGUACGACGACCCGUUACCAUGGAUACGUUACUCCGAGGAGAAGAGAUGACCUUGUGUCAAAUGUUCCUCCAGUCUGAGGCAGCCUACGCCUGUGUCUCAGAGCUCGGGGAACUGGGCUUGGUGCAGUUCAGAGAUCUGAACCCUGAUGUGAAUGCGUUUCAGAGGAAAUUUGUUAAUGAGAUCAGACGUUGUGAGGAGAUGGAGAGAAAGCUCCGCGGAACUCCAUGCGCAGGCUCUACAUGACCCAAACAUUGCUGAGGAGCGUGUGGGACUUCUGGGAGAGGAACACAUUCCCCGUACUGGUCAACAGAUGAAGCUUGGGUUUGUGGCUGGUGUGAUCCUAAGGGAGAGAAUCCCAUCCUUCGAGGUGAUGUUGUGGCGUGUGUGUCGCGGCAAUGUGUUCCUGCGUCAGGCUGAGAUUGACUCUCCGCUGGAAGAUCCUGUCACGGGAGAUAGUGUCCACAAGUCAGUGUUCAUCAUAUUUUUCCAAGGUGAACAGCUGAAGAGUCGCAUCAAGAAAAUUUGUGAGGGGUACCGAGCCACUCUGUACCCGUGCCCAGAGACCCAGGCUGAGCGACGAGAGAUGGCCAUAGGGGUCAUGACCCGUAUAGAGGAUCUCAAUACUGUGUUGGGUCAGACCCAGGAUCACCGACACCGCGUGCUGGUGGCGGCCGCCAAGAACAUCAAAGUCUGGUUCAUCAAAGUGCGCAAGAUCAAGGCCAUCUACCACAUGCUCAACAUGUUCAACCUGGACGUCACGCAGAAGUGUCUCAUCGCCGAGUGUUGGUGCCCCGUGCCUGACCUCGACCGCAUACAGCAGGCUCUGCGACGCGGAACUGAGCGCAGUGGCAGCAGUGUGCCCUCAAUCCUGAACCGCAUGCAGACCAAGAUGGUGCCACCCACGUACAACCGCUGUAAUAAAUUCACUCAAGGUUUCCAGAACAUCGUGGACGCGUUUGGUGUGGCUACGUACCGGGAAGUCAAUCCAGCACCUUUCACGUGCAUCACGUUCCCGUUCCUGUUUGCCGUCAUGUUCGGUGACAUGGGCCACGGUCUCAUCAUGUUCCUGUUUGCCCUGUACCUGGUCCUGAAGGAGAAACAGCUGGAGGCCAAGAAGAUACAGAACGAGAUUUUCAACACAUUCUUCGGUGGUCGCUACAUCAUCCUGUUGAUGGGUGCGUUCUCAGUGUACACGGGCUUCAUCUACAACGACAUCUUCUCCAAGCCUCUCAACAUGUUUGGCUGUCAGUGGAAUAUACCCACCACGGACCCCCGAUACAAUAACGUUUCACUGGCCAAGCAUGACAAGAUCAAACUGGACCCUGCGGCCACUUUCAUGGACUCUCCCUACCCUAUGGGAGUGGACCCGAUUUGGAUGCUGUCUGACAACAAGAUUGCCUUCACGAACUCCCUCAAAAUGAAAAUGUCUGUCAUCCUAGGGAUUGGCCAGAUGUUUUUUGGCAUCUCGCUCAGCUUACUCAACCACAGACACUUCAAGCGACCCCUGAAUAUCAUCUUUGACUUCAUCCCUAUGGUCGUGUUCCUGUUCUGCAUGUUUGGAUACCUCAUCAUCCUUAUCUUCCACAAGUGGGUGCACUACACCUCGAAGGAGGCCCACGAUGCUCCCAGUCUACUCAUAGGUCUGAUCGACAUGUUCCUCUUCAACUACGGGAAGCAUCCUCUUAUCUACAGUGGUCAGAAAGGGUUCCAGAGUUUCUUGGUGGUGCUGGCGGUGCUAUGUGUGCCAUGGAUGAUGUUUGGGAAACCGAUGUACCUGCGCUACCAAACACGUUACGGACAGUUCAAGCACCAGCCUCUGUCUGUGAACAGUGGAGACGUCCUGGGCGGGGAGGAAGUGGUGCACAACUUGGAGAGUAACGGACUACACCAACAGGAGGAGAGUGGCGGGGAAGAUGAGCAGCACGACUUCAGCGAGAUGUUCAUCCACCAGGUGAUCCACUCCAUCGAGUUCUGCCUGGGCUGUGUCUCCCACACCGCCUCCUACCUCCGGCUCUGGGCUCUCUCACUGGCUCAUGCACAGCUGUCGGAAGUGCUGUGGCAGAUGGUUCUCCGCAUCGGCUUCAUGCCGGGAGGCUGGGGCUUCAUCGCCCUGUUCAUCAUCUUCCAGGUGUGGGCCUGCAUGACCGUGGUCAUCCUGGUGCUGAUGGAGGGACUGUCUGCCUUCCUGCACGCCCUCAGGCUCCACUGGAUUGAGUUCCAGUCCAAGUUCUACGACGGUCUGGGUCACAAGUUUUCUCCUUUCUCGUUUGGUCACAUUCUGGAUACAGGCGUUGAGGAGUAACUGCUCUCCCGUGUAGGAGGAGACGGAAAGAGGACAUCGGCAAGAUAUGAAGACCAGAAGAGAAUAAUAAUAUGAUGAUGCCCUCUGAAAGGAAUGAAGGAUUAAAAAAAAAAAAUAGUAGCAGAGAUGUUGUUGUACCUUCACCCACCCAAACACUGUGUGCUGCUUGUCAGUGGCUGCCUCAUUCCAGACUGUAAUAUUGUUUCUGAAUGUUGUUUAGAAGUGGAGAUGUUUUAGCUUCUACAUUUAUCUUCGUGGUGGAUUUUACAAGCAUUUUCUUGUGUGUUCAUUCAAUCAAAUUGCCGUUGCUGUGUCGGAAUUUUUUUUUGUUUCUUAAAUUUUUCUUUUUUGGGGGAGGGGAGAGGUAGGAUUUGAGAAAAUUUUGAAGUUUUCGAAAUUGAACACAUUAUUAACAUUUUAUGAUGAUGUUCGUAUGCGCCAUCAUAAUUGAAGACAUUUACUCUAGCUUAAGUCAAGCACAUUAUUGUGAUUUGUACAUUGGAGAUGUACACGCACCUUUGCACACACAAACAACACACCUGUCUUCUUCUCACUUUAUUGUCGUAAAGUGUUGUAAUGUGCAAAAUGAUUUGACGCAUUUUUGUUUUGAAACGUGCACACAGGCACACACAUACACACACACCCACACAUAUCCAUACACUCCCAAACAAACACACACACACGCGCGCGCGCGCGCACAUGUGCACUAGUACAUACACAUGCCCCUCUUCAUCUCACUUAAGUAUUUAAUUGUGCAAAAUGAUUUGAUUUUGAUGAAUUGUUUGAUUUUGAAUGAAGUUACAAAGUAGUAUUCGCUGAGUUUUUUUGUGCUCUUUAUUGCUUUUAUUUGUGGUGUUUUUAUUUAUUUCAUUUCAGUUUUGAGGAAAAAAAA